AAAAAGAGAGACUGACAAUAUGUCAGAAAACUCUGUCACCCCUCUUUAACUCUCUCUUCUCUGUAUCUCUCGCGAGAGAGCUUCAAGAUUUUGGCCUUUUCCGAUUCGAAAAUUUGUUCAUCUUCAUUGCAUUUAAAUCCCGCAGCGAUGCAUUGAGAUUCGAGCUCAUGUUUACGAAAUUCCUAUGGAAGUUCAUCCGCUUCAGAGCUUUCCUUCUUCGGAAACUGGGAGAGGAUUAAGACGGCGGAAGACCGAUGAGGCGACGACGGCCGCGAUGAUGAUGAAGGUUAAAAAGGAGAGUAACCAGACGGAAAACGACGAGCUAUCGGCUCCGGUAUCGCCAUCUAUUAAUCUCGGACUACAGAUUGGCACGAAUUCGGCGGGAAGUCGAAACGAGGGAACCUCGAUUGUUCACCGGUCGAGGGAGUCGCUUAUUACGGUUGGUCAAUUGCAGGAGCUUGAGCAGCAGGUUCUGAUUCACAAAUACCUUGCUGCUGGUCUCCGUGUUCCUACUCACCUUCUUGUUCCAAUUUGGAAGAGUGUUGCCAGGACCUUGGGCUCUAAUGUCAAUGUUAUAGGAUUCAAUCCUGUGGGAUUUGAUUACGGAAGUAUGAUGGAGCCUGAGCCAUGGAGAUGCAGAAGAACUGAUGGGAAGAAAUGGAGAUGUAGCCGGCAAACUGUCCCGCAUCAGAAGUACUGUGAACGGCACAUGCAUAGAGGUCGACAGCGUUCAAGAAAGCCUGUGGAAGCUUCAGAAAACGACUCUACAUCAAAGAAAAUUCUGCUCAAUAAUCCAGAUAGAGAUAUAAGAUGUACGCUUGAUGUUACCACUGCUAACCCCUUUCCCCACGUUGGUGCUGUAGUCCCUGAGCCCAAAACAGUUUCCUACGCCCGUCCGAAAUCAGCUACUGAAACAAUUACCAGCAGCAUGCGUGGUGCAUCGGCGAUCGGUAUGAGCUGUGCUGACGCAACUAAAACCAUCAGAAUGAUCCCUUCCAGUGCUGCUACAUGUAUUACAACAGUUCCCAGUAUUAAUCCAACUGCUACUACCAGCGUUCCCACUAGCUAUAUAGUCAACUUGAAAGAUGCUUGCAACAUGAAUCUUCGUGAGAAUUGCAGCAAGAGCCGUAUUGACUUUGGAAGAAAUGAUAUCAAUAUCCAGAAGAUCACAUCUCCAGGUCUAGGGUUCUCUCCUAACAGCGUUCUUCAAGUUUCUGGCUGCAGCAGCUCAUUAUGCGACAGUAAAAUCAACCUUGAACGUGAACCCGGACGGUGUAGAAGAACGGAUGGGAAGAAGUGGCGAUGUCGGAGAGAUAUUAUUCCAAAUCAGAAAUAUUGUAGUCUGCAUAUGCACAGAGGUUCAAAGAAGCAUUUGAAGCCUUCCCAGAAUGCACCCGUCCUUGCCCCUUCUGCUGCUACCUAUGGCUCUUCUCUGCUACCAACGCCGCUCAAAAAACUCGAACCUGCAACCCCAAACACAAAUCUUUCAAUGUCAAUCCAGGCUGACGACAAACAGAGACACAAUGAAGCAAGGAACAACGCCAGCAGUAGCAGUGAGACCACCAUUACCGACACCACGAUCACGGCAUAAGAAAAUGUUCCUCCCCGACAAGGUAUGAAUCGGAAUCCAAUCUUCUAGUUCUGCUGCUUUGUUUCGGAUUUGUACCAUUUAGGCACAUAGACAAGAGUGGGACAAUCUUGUUUUAGGAGGAACAAAAAAAGGAGUAAUGGUUGAGCUUUUGAGCUACACGGCAUAAUCAAAUUUUCUUGUACUGAAAAGGGAAGAGAAGUUUGGACAUAGGUGGUUUAUAAAUAUGCUUUGGGUUUGGAU